AUGAAAAAAACUGGAGGAGGUCCACCACCAAGACGUUCAGAUGCAGUGGAAGAAAAAGUGGUUGAUAUUAUCGAUGGUGAUUUUGAUGACGAUUGUUUUCAAAUGCAAACGACUACAACUACACCCAAAACACCGUUACCACAUGAGAAAAAAACGCAUAGUAUUGGUGCCUGUUUGAUGCAAUUAGAGGACCAUUCAACAAAACAAAAAAUGAAACGUGAAGACGAAUACAAGAGACUGAUGUCGAUGCAAGAAAAAAAAUUGAUCCUGAAAACAGAAGAAGUUGAAGCGGCAAAAACAACGGCACAUGCAAUGGGACAACUUAUUGAGCUGCAAAAAAUUCAAUUGAGUGUCCGAUGUGAACAAGUGAAAAUAUCGUCUCGAUUAUACGAAAUUCGAUUAAAAACAACAAAUCCUGAUUAUGAUAUGAAAGAAGAUCAAACGUUAAACCAAACGGUUUUGAAUUUGAUCGUACCAAUUGAUACGUGA